GAAACAAGCAUUCCUGUCCUCACUUUUUCUCUCCAUUAAGAUCAAUGACUGUGGUAAACUCUCAUUCAACACCUUUUCUAAUUACCAAAUCAUCUUUCACUACAAGGACAACAAGGCUGCCUGUCCACAGGCAAGUGGUGUUUGCAAGUAUUCAUGACAAUAUUUCAAACAUCUCAUCAUCAUCAUCGUCGUCAUCAACAACAACAAUAACAACAACUACUCCGUGUCAGAUCAAAUCAACUUCGAAAAAUGGGCUUAAGGUAUUUGAAGAUACGUCAACGGGUGUAGUUUGUUAUAGAGAUGAAUAUGGAGAAAUCACAUGUGAAGGAUAUGAUGAAGGCCCUCGUUUUUGCCACCAACCCCCAAAGUCUCCUUUUAAAUCAAGAGAUGAAGAGAUUGUAGGGCUCCUCCAAAGAAAUUGGCUUCAUAUAGCUGAUGUUGCUGUGGAAUGAAGAGACUUUGUGUAUUCUUAACGGGCUAAUCGACGCAACUAUAUAUGCCUCAAGUUCAAGUUAAUUAGCUAUUGUUACUUGAAUACUAUGUAUUCAUUCAGUUCUAUUCAGACUCAUGAUAGUUGUCGUUGUUCUAAUAGCUAGUAUAUUUUGACAAAAAGAUAAGUGAUAUUGACUUGCCUUUUUUUUACUAGUUAAGAUGUAUAUAAGUAGUACAAUUUGUGUAUUGGCAAUUUAUUUUUCACUUUCAACCUAAUGUUUUUUCUUCCAAUCACCCACCUCACCCUCACCAUCAUAUUUUUCUUUUUUGGGUCUCACCG